AUGAUUGUUAGUAUUUCAUUUAUAUUUUUUUUACUUGAAUUACCCGUUGGAAUAUUUAUUAUUUUCUAUCAAUCGAAAAGAAAUGAACAAGAUAGUAAUAUUAUUUCAUUAUCAAAUUUAUCUUAUCAAAAUGUGACGUUAAAAAUGAAAAAAAAAAAUACAACAUUAUUAUCAUCAUCAUGUAUUGAUGCCACAUGGGCAAUAGUAAAUAUAAUGAUGUAUACGAAUCAUGUUAUUAAUUUUAUUAGUUAUUGUAUGACGGGUAGUCGAUUUCGAUCAGAAUUAUAUCAAUUAAUAGUGUGUGGAAAAUAUUAUUGUGUAAAAUUAAUGAAUUUUAAAAAUCAAACAUCAAAUUAUAAUGGAAUUAAAACUGCUUAUUUAAAAAGUAAUGAUGUUAUACAUGAAAAACAUCGAUCAGCGGGUGUACUAAUUGCUUUCAUGUUAAAUGGAACACAUAAAAGUCAUCCUAUACCAAUGAAAUCAAAUAAACGAAUUUUACAUAUUAGACGUACAGCCGUUUGA